GUGAACGGGGCGCAGGGCGAGAAAAGGCACAGCAGAAGUUGUGUCGUGCUUUGCGGCGGUCAGAGAUCAGGUUAAAUGGAUUAAAUGGAUUAAAUAUCAAGCGACAAGCACACUAUUGCCUGCGAACCCUGAUGCAUCCUUAUGGAUCCUGGUGGGAGUGAUCUGGAGUCAAGUCUGCCUCAGGCUGAGAACCCUUGCCUCAUCGUUGAAGAUUCCCAGCCGGACAGUGUGGCCCUGGAAGACGACCCGGAUAGCAGCUAUCGCGCCCUGCUCGCCCGCCGCCUUUCCAACCUACAGCCCACCUCCCACAGCCCAGUUCUGGAACUGAUCUCCUCCCCCUCCAAAAGCAGAUGCUCUCAAAGUGACAGCCAGACUGAUAAGGCUGACAACUUGCAGCCCAAUCUGAGUUCAGCCGCUACAGAGCAUAGUCAAGUGCUUGAAGUUUGCUCUCAUCCUAACUCAAAAAGAAGUGACCAAGACGACAUGGAGUCUGGAGCUGAUUCCACUACUCAUUGUGCACAAACAGAAGGGGGCAUGUCUCAGUUUGGCCUCCUGGAGCUGUCAGAGAGUCAGGGUGUGUUUGAUGAAGAGCAAAACAGAGAGAGUGGUGAUGAGGAUGUGGAGGUGACGCCUGCCAACAUCCUGUCGUCAGGGGGCCAGAAAGCGACUAUCCAAACUGGACUGAAAAGCUCCUUUAGAGCAUCAGACAGCCAGGACAGCUUAUCUAGAAGGGCAGAGGUGAGCUCCAGCAGCCCAUCUGGGCCUCAGAGGAAAGAAGGCAGAGAGCUGAGUGUCCAGGCCAUACUGCACUCUCAGGUCUCUGAGUCUCUAGAAGCUGAGGAUGAGAUUAUUUCCUCUCAGGAUGAUCUGUUUGAUGGAGAAAAGAAUGGUUCUAAGGUUGACAGCACAGUAGCAGAGCCUGACAAUCAGCAGCAACCAACGUCCACUCCUGCUCACAGUCUCCGCCUGCUGCAUCUGUCUGGGCAGGGAACCCUGGUGCAGGAAAGCCUUUCACAGCAGUCUGUUGACUUUGUGGCAGCUACCCAGGACAACUUAAGUCAAACACCCAUCAUUGUCCCCAACUCGCCCACAGGACAGGACAUUGAGCAAGAUUGUAAUGAGGCUGCUGAAUCUCCAAUGGACACUUCAGGCCCCCCUGAGGACCAGCCACCGAGGAGGGAAGAUGAGCCAAUGGACACAGACCCUGUGCCCAAACCAGCAGCAUCAACCCCAGUGUCACAGAAUUCCCCAAGAUUUACAUUGGAGAAGAGCCUUUCUUUGCCAUCUCAGCCUGAAUUUUCUCACGAUGUAUUUGUCCCCACUCCAUGCUUAGAAUCUGCAGACUGCAGUGAAGGUCCAGACACUUCAAAGAGGAAAGAACCACAGAAAGAAAGCCCAUCUACAACACUUGAUGCAGAAACAAAAAAAUCGUCCGAGAGCCAGCCUUCUGAAGCGGCCGCGUCUCUCCAGUUGGGGCUCAAUAACAGUGAAAAUAGUGUUUUUGAAAAGAAGACUCAAGUGUUUACGGUAGAUGAUGACAGUCAGGCCACACAGAUAGAGGAAAUCGAGGCAACGGUAGGAGUGGAUAAGAGUGACUCUGGUCCUGCACAUUGCAAUGAAAAGGCAGGCAAAAACAGUUCGGACUUGGGCCUUAGUAAAAGUGCUAAUUCGCAGCAGAUUUCCCAGGAGUCUGACCCAAAAGGUACACAUGCCUCAUGUGGAAAGAAUGAGGAAAGUACCUCCUCUCAAAAGCGGCUCUCACAGUCUGCAAAUGGACAGAACGUGAAUGUAAGCAACAGUGUGGCUGACUCUCAGCAGUCUCAGGAGGCUCAGCGCGUUCUGAACUCCCCACUAUCCCAGCAGAUGGACAGAGGUGCGUUGAGUAAAGAUCUGAUGGCCAGCAGCUGUUCACAGAGUGUACCACCAGCUGGAGGACCUGCUAGCUCCUCUGCUGUUAGCGUACCGUCGAAGUCCCUCUCCCGAUCUGGCGUAUCUUCCCAGAAGGAUGCUGCAAAUGAAGGAGAACAAGGAGGCUCCAGCCAGCCAGUGUCUCAGAGCCACACACUUAACAGUAUUAGAAAUACUGAGGAAGAGCAGAAGCUGAGUCAGCCCAUGUCUCAGAGCCACAGGCUGGACAGUACUAAUGAUGCUGAAGAUGUGGAUGAUGAAGAAGAGGAGAAAAUGGAUGAAGGUGUGAACCAAAGCACCAGUAGGACUGAAAGUUCUUUUGGGCUUGGACUGGCACUUACCCAGAGCCAAGUUGGCUCUCCAGAGCCUAUGGAGGAGGAAGGAGAAAUCCUCUCCCAACCAGUAACAAGCAAAGGUGAGGAGAGCUUCAGCAUUAUGGUGCUGGAGGAGAGCCAGAGAGUGUCUCAAGAGAAUAAAGAGAAGCCCAUGAGGUCACAACCAUUUAAAAGUGCCUCACAACCUGUGAGAAGCUCUCCGAAGGGGACAUCGGAGCCUGGCAGGAAGGUCACAAGCUCCCAGCCGGGCAGCUCGGACCAGGCCGCGUUAUCUGGCCCGCAGAACACUAAGGCUACUGAUGCCAAACCCGGUAGAGGGUCGGAGAACCCAAGUGCCGACAAUGCGGCCAACAAAAGCCUGAGUGACAGCUCUGGAGAUAUUCCGUUCCACUUCACGCUGCCCAGAGAGGGGGAGCUGAUCGGGGCUGCAGUGAGCACGACUCCCCCGCACAUCAGACAGCUGAAAAACACGCCACUCCACAGCACUCCUAUCGAAAUGAGUUCGUUCCGGGAGCCGUCGGAGGGCGACGUUACCAGGGAGACAACGAUGGCGGCCAGCGAGAUCUCUGUGGAGGACAGUAGAGAAGGAGAGGAGCCGGCCGCUGAGGGGGGUGAUGGGAAACUGAGUCUCAGGAUGAAAGUGAUUACCCCUGUGGAGGAGGGCAGCUCGGGAUCUGACCGCUUCAGCCUACAGAAACCACCAUUAUCAGACGAGGAAGGCUCUGUCUCCAAGGCUACCACUGUUGCCAAGGCUGUAACCAGUCCGUCCGUCUUUAGCAGAGUUCGAGAGGUUCACAGGCAGCUGCAUGCAGAAGAGGAAAAGGAAUCCACUGGUCUGCCUAUCAGAUGUCAGAGCCAGACUGUCCACAGUCUCCCUAGCAGUGCCGGCUCUGGGCUUUCACCUGAGCGCCCCCUGGAGGCAGUACGUAACGGUACAGCAGAUGGACUCGGUGAUGCUGCUCAUCAGCCGUCGCAGCCCAACGGCACAGCUGUGGACUCAGAACCUCUGGCCACCCCUCUGGCUGAAGUGCAGCCCUCUGCAGGUAAUGAGCAGGACGCCCCCAGCACUUCUGGACAGGCACAGUACAGGACACCUAUGAGACAGAAGGCUGUGUCUCAGCAAACCAGCUUUGACUUGCCGUCAACACCAAGCCCUCUCAGCAAACUCCAACAGAGAGCUGUGUCUCAGCAGACCAGCUUUGAUGCUUCUGGACCACAGGGAUCAUCAGGCAGGGGGGAGCCAGUCACUCCGACGCGCUCCCAGCCGGGGCCUUCUCACCGCAGGCAUGUCCGUACCAUUCAGGAAGUGCGCACAACCAUUACCCGCAUUAUAACUGACGUGUACUAUGAAGACGGCAAGGAGGUGGACCGAAAAGUUGUUGAGGAGUCUGAGGAGCCGGUGGUGGAUCGUUGUGUUGUGGACAGUGAUAUCUCCCCAUCUCGUACAGGAAGCUCCAUGACCUCAGGAGAUUUGGCGGAUGUCAGCUCGCUCUCGUCCAAGGCCCUGUCCCACCACAGCUCCAGCGGGACCAGCAGUACAGGGCUGGGUCCCAGCAGGAUGCCUGACUUUGUCAUGCCUUCUAGCCGUGGAGCCAAGUCUGGCAGCCCUAGGAGAGGGGGUAGACAGCAGCUGAGGGCCGGUGUGGCAGUGGGGUCAGAGGUCACGGUAGCAUGGGGCUCUCCGGUCGCUGCCCCGUUGAGCCCCCGUGGUCACGCCCGGCGUGGACGGCCUCCCUCGCGCAGCCCCAGAGGUGGACGGUCAGGGCAGAGAGGUGGUGGCCAUGGCCAGGCCGUGUCUUCUUCCGAGGAGGAACCCUUUACCCGUUUGAAUGCUCGUGUCCCGGGCAGCCCGCUGGCCCGCAGCGCCACCAGCCGCUCAGACUCCCUCAACACAACGUCCUCAGAGAACAGCGGUGGGGCCAGCAGCUUUGUGGGGCUGCGCGUGAUGGCCAAGUGGUCAUCCAACUCCUUCUUCUACUCUGGGACCAUCACUCGGGACUUGGGCGAGAGCCGCUUCCGGCUGCUGUUCGACGACAACCAGGAAUGUGAGGUGCAGGGCAAGGACAUCCUACUGUGUGACCCCAUCCCCAUGGAGACGGAGGUCACAGCACUGACGGAGGAGGACUACUUCAAUACAGGUCUAGUAAAGGGCCAUAAGUUUCAAGGCUCAGAGUUGCUGUAUUGUGUGGAGAAGGAUGGCCAGAUUACGUGGUACAGCAGGACUGCUGUGAUUCUCACCAUGGAGCAAGGCAGCCGCCUGAGGGAGCAGUUUGGUCUCGGGCCAUACGAACCAUCCACACCCCAGACCAUGGCCUCUGAUAUCAGCCUUGAUAACUUGGUGGAGGGAAAACGGAGACGACGAGGGAACGGGACUGAGACAGGAACCCCAACCCGCAGCGCCACAAACAGCCCACGGACGCCGGGGAAAAGGAAACUCGCGAGCUCCACAGAGGACGAGAGGACCCCUUCGAAGAGAGGGCGCAGAGGGGGCGGGGCCAGAGCGGGCUCGCGAAUGGCGGCGUGUAAUACGUCUGGGAGUGGUGCUGAGCUGCCUUCUGACCCGAAUGACCUGCUGGUGACCCAUGGCCCUCUUCCAGAGAGUGCAGAUCUCUUUAUGGGGUUCGUUUUCAUGCUGACUGCCUCCUCAGAGAACGACAGGGAGUCCAACCAGACGACCAGUGAUGGCGAGGAAGAUUAUGUGCAGACAGCCCCGUAUAAUAAACGCUACACUGAGAGACAGCUGGAGGCCGGGGGAGGAAUGAUCCUCCCUGAGUUUAAUGAAGAGCAGUGUAAAGCAGCCUAUCAGAGUCUGCUGAUAGCGGAUCAGCAUUGCCGCACCAGGACGUACCUGCUGUGCGUGGCAGGUGGGAUUCCCUGUGUCUCUCAGGUCUGGGUCAGAGACUGCUGCCAGGAAAAGAAGCUCAUGAAUUACAGAAACUACCUACUACCUGCAGGCCUGGGGCCGGAGAAACGAAUCGUAGAAUGGCAUUCACGCUGCAGCCCUUUUAAAGCUCUGAAGGUCCUGCUGAUUUCAGAAGAUGGUGUAGAUUUGUGGACAUCUAUGCUUACCAUGUGUGGAGCAACGAAGGUCCAUCAACAUAAAACAAAUGGCAACAGUGCAGAUGUUCCAGCUGAGAAGUUUGAUGUGGUGGUGUCGGCACACCCGUGUCCUCCCGAGGUGCUGAAGUCUGCCACGACUGCUGAGACUCCGGUGGUGUCCCUGGAGUGGCUGAUUCAGAGCGUGAUCUGUGGAGAAUGUCUGGCCUAUGACAGUCAACCCGAGUACCGUCAUGACCGCUCUCCUUAAGCGGCGCCCCUUCGACCCGACUCCUGUCUUUUAAACGUCCUUGUCUGUUUUAGUGCAUGCCUGCCUUUUACUGUAUAUAGUUUUAAGCUCUGUUUUUAUGAAGUAAUAAAAACUGUGUGUUUCUUUUU